AUGAAGACGACGCAGACGCGCGUCCUCGAGGCGUCCUUCCCGGGACGCGUGCGAUGCGUCGAGGCCGCCCUCGACGUCGCGACCGCGCCGCUCGCGGCGGGCUCCAACGCGGUGUGCCUCUUCGUGAACGACGACGGCGGCGCGGACGUCGUGAACGCGCUCGCGGACCAGGGCGUGCGCUUCAUCGCGAUGCGUUGCGCGGGGUUCGAUCGGAUCGAUCUGGACGCGUGCGCGGCUCGCGGGAUCGCCGUCGCGCGCGUCCCCGCGUACUCUCCGUACGCCGUCGCCGAGCACGCCAUCGCGCUCAUGCUCGCGCUGAACCGGCAGCUCAUAAAGUCUAACGCGCGGGUGUUACAGGGGAACUACUCCCUGAGCGGUCUCGUCGGGUUCGACAUGCACGGGAAAACGGUGGGCGUCGUCGGCACCGGGAAGAUUGGCCGCUGCGUCGCCGCGCCGCUCAUCGGGAUGGGGUGCAAAGUCCUCGCGUACGACUUGUACCCGAGCGACGAAGCGAUCGCGAUGGGCGUGGAGUACGUCGACACCAUCGAGGAGCUCCUCCCGCUCUGUCACAUCGUGACGCUGCACUGCCCGCUGAACGAGAGCACGACGCACCUCAUGGACGAGCGCCGGCUGCGGUUGAUGCGCCCCGGGUCCAUGCUCGUGAACACGUCGCGCGGCGCGCUGGUGGACAGCGCCGCGCUCGCGAAGGCGUUGGACGAGCGCGUCAUCGCGUGCGUCGGGAUGGACGUCUACGAGAAGGAGGCUGGGGUGUUUUUUAAGGAUUCGAGCGAGAAGACGGACGACGUGAGCGGGAGCAGCGUCGGCGCGGAUUGGGAUUUCGAGCUCGCGAGUCUCGCGUCGCGGCCGAACGUUCUCGUGACGGGGCAUCAGGCGUUCUUGACCGCGGAGGCGCUCGAGAACAUCGCGACGACGACGGUGGAGAACCUUUUGGAGUUCGAGAGCGGGGUCAAGCGGGGGGAGGGUGGGGCGUAUCUCAACGGCGUCGGCCUCGGGCACUGA